GAAUAACUGUGGGGAUGGGGAGGUGCUGCCAUCAGAGACUCUGCUAUUAUGAGAUCAGAGACUAAGCUAUUAUGAGGUCAAAGAGGGUGGCCAAGGCAAAAAAAGAUAUCUACAAAUCAGAUGGAGUAUGUAAGAUCAGAUGGACUAGGUAUCAUCAGAUGGACUAGGUGAGAGCAAAGCUGUAGAGAGAUAGAAGAAGAAAAGCCAUGGUCAUACUAGGAACCCAAAGGCCCUGAUUUCCCUGGUGAGAUGGAGAACUCUUGGUGGUUGAGGUAGCUAUGGCUCAGCCAAGAAUUAGGAAAAUGAUUUCUAGAUAUUUAGGAAAUCAAUAGCAUCCCCACCAGUGUAACCCACCUUCAGUAGCCAGUAACUUUGGCCAAGGGAAUGAGAAGAAACUUGAUGAGCAGCAGCCUCCUGGAUAAGAAGAGAGGACUGGGGGUCCAGGGCCUCAAAGGGAAGUGAGGAGCUAAGAAUCUGGUCUAGACAGGUUGCCCCCAAGAAAGAGCAGCUGAGUCCUUGCAUCUUGUGGCAUCUGGUGUGCCCAGCACUGAAUCCGUCGGAGCUGAAGCCAGCCCGGCCCCUUCUCAUGGGCAGCACCCACCUGUGCUGAGGUCCUGCAGCGGUGGCAGUGUGAGGACAAGGUAAACUGCAGCUCAGCGGCAGGUGUUUCUGUGAUGCCUUCUCCUGAAAGGGAAGCUCCAGAGUUUCAGCCGUGGAAUUGAAGGAGCUGUGAAACCGGUUGUAACUGAAAAUGUCUGACGGUCUGGAUAAUGAAGAGAAACCCCCAGCUCCCCCACUGAGAAUGAAUAGUAACAACCGGGAUUCAUCUGCACUCAACCACAGCUCCAAACCACUUCCCAUGGCCCCUGAAGAGAAGAAUAAGAAAGCCAGGCUUCGCUCUAUCUUCCCAGGAGGAGGGGAUAAAACCAAUAAGAAGAAAGAGAAAGAGCGCCCAGAGAUCUCUCUUCCUUCAGACUUUGAGCAUACGAUUCAUGUGGGGUUUGAUGCAGUCACCGGGGAAUUCACUCCAGAUCUCUAUGGCUCACAGAUGUGCCCAGGGAAGCUCCCAGAGGGAAUUCCUGAGCAAUGGGCACGAUUACUCCAAACCUCCAACAUUACAAAACUGGAACAGAAGAAGAACCCACAAGCUGUCCUAGAUGUUCUCAAAUUCUAUGAUUCCAAAGAAACAGUCAACAACCAGAAAUACAUGAGCUUUACAUCAGGAGAUAAAAGUGCACAUGGAUACAUAGCAGCCCAUCCUUCGAGUACAAAAACAGCAUCUGAGCCUCCUUUGGCUCCUCCUGUGUCUGAAGAAGAAGAUGAAGAAGAGGAAGAAGAAGAAGACGACAAUGAGCCCCCACCAGUUAUUGCACCGAGACCAGAGCAUACAAAAUCAAUCUACACUCGUUCCGUGGUUGAAUCCAUUGCUUCACCAGCAGCACCAAAUAAAGAGGUCACACCACCUUCCGCUGAGAAUGCCAAUUCCAGUACUUUGUACAGGAACACAGAUCGGCAAAGGAAAAAAUCCAAGAUGACAGAUGAGGAGAUCUUAGAAAAGCUAAGAAGCAUCGUGAGUGUUGGGGAUCCAAAGAAAAAAUAUACAAGAUUUGAAAAAAUUGGUCAAGGGGCAUCAGGUACUGUUUAUACAGCACUAGACAUUGCAACAGGACAAGAGGUGGCCAUAAAGCAGAUGAACCUUCAACAGCAACCCAAAAAAGAAUUAAUUAUUAAUGAAAUCCUAGUCAUGAGGGAAAAUAAGAACCCCAAUAUUGUUAAUUAUUUAGAUAGCUACUUAGUGGGUGAUGAACUAUGGGUAGUCAUGGAAUACUUGGCUGGUGGCUCGUUGACUGAUGUGGUCACGGAGACCUGUAUGGAUGAAGGACAGAUAGCAGCUGUCUGCAGAGAGUGCCUCCAAGCUUUGGAUUUCUUGCACUCAAACCAAGUGAUCCAUAGAGACAUAAAGAGCGACAAUAUUCUCCUCGGGAUGGAUGGCUCUGUUAAAUUGACUGAUUUUGGGUUCUGUGCCCAGAUCACACCUGAGCAAAGUAAACGAAGCACUAUGGUGGGAACCCCUUAUUGGAUGGCACCAGAGGUGGUGACUCGAAAAGCUUAUGGUCCGAAAGUUGAUAUCUGGUCUCUGGGGAUUAUGGCUAUUGAAAUGGUGGAAGGUGAACCCCCUUACCUUAAUGAAAAUCCACUCAGGGCAUUAUAUCUGAUAGCCACUAAUGGAACCCCAGAGCUCCAGAAUCCUGAGAGACUGUCGGCUGUAUUCCGUGACUUUUUAAAUCGCUGUCUCGAGAUGGAUGUGGAUAGGCGAGGAUCUGCCAAGGAGCUUUUGCAGCAUCCAUUUUUAAAAUUAGCCAAGCCUCUCUCCAGCCUGACUCCUCUGAUUAUCGCUGCGAAGGAAGCGAUUAAGAACAGCAGCCGCUAGGACUGCAAGCCUUACCCCUCACCAUCUCCCUCAUGAGUAAGACUGAAAUAAAACUGUGCUGCAAGAAAGAUGAACGAAAAGACAGACAAAAGGGGUGGGGGUUCUUUAACUUUCCAAUGAAUAGAAACUUCUUAUAAGCCUUUUUCCUACACCCUCAGAUUAUGUAAUUUAUUUGUAAGCCUGAAUCGCAGCCCAAAUAGGGCAGCAAUGUUGAAGUGGCCAUAAAGUGGUCACUUCCCACCGUGAAGCGAAAGAGCCAGUAGUGAAUCCCCUCAUUUUGUGCAUUCACUUUGAAGAAGAAAAGUUUCUCAAAGAUGCACACUCCCUCUUCAUAGUGUUGUGUUUGUUUUUAAGUUAGAGAGUAGUCCCUCUUGCAUUCGAACCUCUUUCAAAACUCCUUACCCAAUGUGAUGUUUUUCACUUGCAUUGUCAUUAGAUGUCCAGAAAAAAGAUGUCAAAAUGUUUUUUUAAAAAAAGAAAGCAAAAAAGCAAAGCAAAAAAACAAAAAACAAAAAAAAACACAAACAAACAAACAAAAAAAAACAGAGCAAGUACUGUGUGAACAUGUGGAAGUCCAUGCCCUAAUAGAGUUGCAAUCUUUUAUUCUUCUUCUAUAGUGGUGGCUUGGUUUGUGUACCUAUUUUUCUGCAUUUGUAUUGGAAAAGGUUUCUUUUAGGACAUUUUCCAAAAGCAGAGAGGAGUAUGUGUGUUCAGGAAGGGCUUUUAAAAACUGUGUAUCUAAAUAAAGCUCAAAUGGUGAAAUCCUGCCACAUUUUCACCAUGAUGCUUUGGAGGUGGUUGAUUUGUCAUUUAUGGAAACUAGUUUGUUAAUCUUCAUGAUACCUGAAAGAGGGCAGACACACUGAAACUGUGGCAAUCCUACGUGGUCCAGGUCCUGGACCUAGGAAAUCCUGAUAGGAGAAACCAUAUUUAAACAAAGAAGGAACUUUUCUCUAAGAGCCAAAAGGGAAGAUAAGAUAUGUGAAUAAUACUGAAAUCCUUGUUGGACAUUAAACAAAGAUAAGAAUACUUAAUUUAAUCCUCUCUUGUGCUUGUGGAACAUAAGCACUGUAAAAUAGGCACAUCAGGAGAAAACAGAUCCAUUAACUGACAUUUCCUUAUGAUAAAAAUUAUUUGUUUUGACAAUUUAUAACAUUUUUAAAAGAUUUAGGGAACCGAGAUAUAAUAAACAUUCAACUCUGUAAGAAAUGGGAGGUCGGUGAAAGCUACAUCCCAAUCAACAUUUGGCUCUAAAUGCUUGUUCCCAUUUUCCCUAUGUAUCACCAAUUUCUGUUUUAGGAUAUGGUAUGUUCAUACUUAGCUCCUUGGGCUCUUAAAUAUCAAAAGAGUGUUUGUAAAGAUCUUGAAAUUCUCCAGUGAAAAUAAUUUUGGCUUGCAAUCAUAUCCCAAGAAAUGUCAGCCCAACUGAAUUCCUUUUGUGGCUUGGGGAAAAUACCAAAAUUUGACUAUUAUUUUACCAUAUAUCUAUUUAUUAAAAAUUCAACAGUUGGCACUUCCUGAAUUUUCUGAGAGUGGAAAAAUAUCUGGAGGCUGUCUGUGUAGAAAAGGAUAUGCUUCUCUUUUGAGUGUAUUGUCAAUUUUGCAAAUUCUGGAAAGUUGUUUCUCUAAGCCUUUGAAAAGCUAUCAAUUUGUGUAUAGAAGGCUUCUUGAUUUGUAGUAUAUAAAGAAUCUGAAUAGAACCUAUCUACAUUCAGCAAGAAGGGAAAAGAUAUCAAUGACAUGGGACUCUUUCCUUCUCUGCCAAGGGACAUCCAUCCAUCUAACCAUUCAUCCAUUCCUUAAAAUGAAAGCACUUUCUUUAGAGUUUCAGCUAACCAUAUAGUGCACAUGUUUAGGAGAUGAUGCCACUGGUGGAUUAUCUAUUUUCCUACUGUUUUCUUUGACUAUAAAAUUUGGGAGGGGCUUGACCCCCAUGAAAAUACUCGCAGUGGGAUAAAACAACAAACGUGAAAGGAAAAUCAAAUGGUAAUAUUAAUUUGAAGCAUGCUAUGUUAAACUUUGCAAAAAAGUGUCUGGGCCUGAAAUUUAUAAUGCCACACCACUCUAAUGAGAGAGAGAGGCCUUAAUUUUAAUUUCAUUGAACAUUAAGGUUUUUUUUAUUCUUACUCAUAGUGCCAGGGAAUUCAAUACCUGGGAUGCCAAUAAAAUUCAGUACACUGGUAACUAUACCCUUCCAGUGGAGAGAGCCCAAAAUCUAUUUGGGAAGCCCUAUUCAUCGAUUAGCAUCCCUUAUGUCAUAAAGGCCUAUUUUUGUUGUUGUUAUUUUGGAGACCCUGGAGCAGUGAUCCUUCAGAUCACUGUAGGCAGAGAAAUGGCUUCUCUUUUAUGCUUUCAGUUCAGCAUAUUAGCAAUGAGGAGCCUGGUACUUCUUUAUCACCAAUUUGUACCAAGAUUUGAUGAUAAUAUAUCCCAGUAGGCAUUACUCUUACAAAUUUUUAUCUAUGUAAAUUUUCAAAUGAGAACAGCUUCUGCAGCCCCUUCCCUGUGUUGGAGAGUUAUGUAUAUUUCUAAUAAGUAUUAGAGAGAAACCGUUUCUCGUGCCAAAAUGAUGCUGAAGGAUUCACAUUUGGUACACUUGAACAACUUGGACUCCAGAUGGUUAAUAGUUUAUUCCCUUUCCCUGGAUUUUUUUUAGCUCAUCUUGACACAGGUGAGUCUAUCCAGAUCUUUAAUGUUGCCAGUGUGCCCUGAGAUAAGGAGGGCACAUCAUCGAAUGUUGAUUCCAAAAUGUCCUGAGAUAGGAAUAGGGCAGUAGGAAAGUCAGGGAAGGGUGAGAAGCACAGUAGAGAUUAUUUAUUUAAAAAAGAAAAGAACACUAAUGUUGUAGCAAGGAUCCGGUGCGUUGUCAUAAUCCCAUGAGGAUUUUUGGAUGACACAAUCUCCUCAAAUCAGUCACCAUGUUGGGUAAUGACUUCGUUCUUGCUGAUCUCGUCUAUGUGUCAUUGUAAAUAUUUGUGCGUCCAUGUUCCAUUUUGGCUACUGGAUGGCCAAGUCAUGUAAGAAGAUUUAACUCGAGUAUUUAUUCUUCAACUGUGUUAUUCAGAUUUCUUUCAGGCUUGUGAACUGCACCCAAUGUUUGCGUUUAACCACCUGAUCCUUACAUCUAUCCCUCCCCUGUGAAGCACAUUCCAUUGCUAAAAGAAAAAGAAAUAUGAAAUUGCUUCCUGUUGUCUGUAUAACUGUUUUGAUAGUUUCAGAUGUUUGUCUAUAAAGGAUAUUUCUCAGCUCAAAGAUCGUGUAAAUAAUUAUAUUCCUUUGCUCAAUGGGUUGUUUAUUUCGAAUGAGGCUGCCAGUUCUCAGAGAGAUUCUAUAAAAUCACUUUUAAAUAACAUAAACAGGGAUUACAACUAUGUAAAAAUAAGUGUGUAUAUGGACAAAGACUGGGAACACAAAUAAUUGAAAUCAGUUGUGGUAGGGUGGCGGGAUUACGUGAAAAUUUUUUUCUUUUAAAAUUUUCUUUGAUGUUGUUACAAUAUUGCUUUAUGAUAAAUAAACAUCAGAAAGGGAACUAUAGAAACAUAGAAAAGAUGCCAGAAGCAGAUGCCUUCUGGCCAGAGCCCAGAGCAUGCAGGGCACAGAUAUUUGCUAGUUACAAUUAUUCCAUAGGCUUUAUACUUGCCUGGGUGCUGAGGUUGGCACACACUCGGGUAUGGCACGUGCUUUCUUAGGAGACUAUUAUCUAUAAGUUAAAGCUAGGGAGAUGUCACUAUUAGAACUCCAAACAUACUCUUCUGCUUUAAAACAAGCUGCCCUCUGCUUUGGUAUGGCAUUCAGGUGUCCGUUUUGUGGUAACUUUAGAUUGGAAGGGUGACCAUUUGACUAGCCCCUUUGAUAACAUCUGUUGCAGAUGUCACCUUUCUGCGUCAUUCUAGCAGAUUUUCAGGUUGACUUUUGAAGGAACAGAAGGAUAAAAAUCUCCAGCUCCCAUGAUUUCGUUGUCCAACAGGAUAUUACUGUAUAUCAUUCAGGUAGGAUUCUUCUUUUAAUGAUCAAUAGGCAAGUCCCACAGAUUUCAAUAGAAUUUGACUUGCAAUUAAAAGCUGACUCUGAAAUCCUUAAGAGAGAUAUCUAGGACUGUUUCUGCCUGUUGGCAUUCAUUUACAGUCCUGUUAGUUUGGGCUUAAGAUGGUCUCCAUGUGCUUUUGUUCUGCCUAAUUAUAGGUUGUAUGAAGUAGCUGUGAUUUUUAAAGAGCAGGGGAGACCAUCUAACCUAAAGAGUGGAAUUUCCUUCUAACUCACCGAAGAAACUUUAGGUGAGGACUUUAAUGAUGAGGUAGUAGCCUCAGGUAUGUUACUUAGUUUCACCAAAAGCAGACCUGAUACCUAGAGAACUCGCAGGCUUUGCAUUGGCCAUUCUCAAUGUACAAAUACUUAUUGGAGUCUUAACCCUGCCAUCCCGGUUGAAUUUCACGGUCCUUUUCUGAGCUACUUGUAGUUAAUAUUCAGUUAAACAAAGGCAUGGCAGUGAUGCAAGCAUCUCCCAGUCUCUGAGCUCUGAGCAAGAGGACUGAAAUUCAGCAUUUGUAAAAUGGCAGUCUAAUGGGCCUGGGAUUUUGAGUGAACUUAACACACAAUUCUGAACAUAUAUUUGCAUGUGGACUGGGAAGGAAAUAAAUGGGACCUUGGAAUUAAUGGAAAUAUUUUUCCUAUGAAAGAAUGUUUCAUAGAUUUGUUUUCUGUUGGUUAGCUUUUAUUUCUUUCACUCCUUUUCUGAUCCAUACUCCUUUAGUGACCAAAUGAAUAUCCCCCAACUUCUCAUACAUUGGGAAUGUCUGUUUAAUAUUAAACAAUGUCUAACUGAAUCUGCAAAUGCGGGAACUGAGAUAUCACUUCCAUGUGCACUCCUCUGUGCACAAGUAUACUUUACAACUUGUAGCAUUUACUGCCACUUAAUUUAUGGCUGAACUGGCAAGAUAAACUUAUAGAAGCUGGUUAGUGCCAUCAGAGUCUCCUUUGGAAGCUGCCAUCAGGUGAAUACUAUCCCAUAAUACCAGCAGUAAGGCAGGUAUCAUGUUCGCCUGAUUUAGUAUUUAUGAGAAAAUCAACAGCAAUUACAGAGAAUCCGAUGUAGUGGAAAGAAUACUAGCCUAGGAAGAAGGAGGACUAGAUUCUAAUAUAGGCUUUAUUACUAACUUGCUGUGUGACCUUAGGCAAGUUGCUUAACCUUUCCAUGACUGACGAUUUCCCCAUCUGUAAAAUAAGGGCAUCAGACUAGAUGAUCUCCAAGGUCUUUCCAAAAGCUCUAACAUUCCAUAAUAUUAUAGGUUGCCUUGCAAAUUCAACCUGCUAUAGUAAUGGAAAACAUCACAUGCUUAAGCCUGGGUCUCUUAUGUUGCAGUUAAACAAUAGAGUUGUGUAAGAUGAUGAAAAAACUCAAGUAAAUGAAGUUAAUAAUACUAGGGUAUGUUGAUAAAAUUGUGGCAGCCUUCCAAUUCAUUCAUAGUCGUUUGUUUUUGUUUUAAUGUCCAUUUUCUGUUGAGUGUUCCCAGUUUUCAUUUUCCAUACACUCUGUAUGUAAAGUCUGGUUUUGAUUAAGCUGUGGCCAGUAUUUGCUACUAGAACACAAAUACACAGUCACACUUGCUAGAAUAGAACUGUACUCAGGCCUCUCCUUUCCUAUGAAGCAGUGCUGGGCUUUAUAGAGGUUAAUUUGCAAAUGGCACAAGAUGACAGAACCCAUGCAUUUUAAUGGCUGAGACAUUAAGAGUUGACCUAGCAUUUGCAAAUUGCAGAGAGAGAAAUGAAAAUGUAAUUAAAUGCUAUUAGCAUUAAGGAGUAUUGACAAAUUCACUUGUUGGGAACCAAAGAUAGCAUUUCUGAUGACAACUCCCACAGUGAUUGGCCAGUUAUAUGAGUGCACUGCUGGAAAUAGGGUUAACUAGAAGUUAAUUAGUGGAUGGUCACAAUGCCCUGCCUACAGCAGAGUGCCAACCAGCCCUGAGUGCAAAAUUCAAGUUCAAUGUGUGUGCUUGUGUGUAGUGUGCUUUAUGGACCCGCAUAUACUAUAUUCAUUAGUGAUGAUGAGAUCUUUCACAGAAUCCUGUAACUAUUAAUGGGUUGAGUUCUAAAUCUCAGUACAUCAGCCAAGAAGAGCCAGAUCAUAAGGGUACUGAUGUCUACUGGGAUUAUACUCAUAAUAUCCAGAAAAAAACAAGUUGAGGAGGAUCUACAUUUUCAUUGUUUAUCAGAAUUGUAUCUCAUUUGGCUGUGCAUUACUUUUGUCAAAAUGUGUUAUCUGUAAACCAUGUGUAGUGAAAUUCUUCUGUAACUUUGGAUUAAAGGUAUUUAUGGUCUUUUUGUUUGUUUGAUUUUUUAGUAAGUUAUUUCUUUGUAGACAUGCUGAUGGUAUGGUUCCAUCAUUCUGACCUCAGCAUCUGAUCUUUUUAAGAAUUUUUGUUUCUAAUAUUGUUAUUUUAAUUGUGGUUGAAGCAAUAGAAAAUUGAAAUAUGGAUUGUGCAUGACUGUGUCUUGAGUGUAAAAAUAUUGCAGUUUGAAACUUGGACCUAAAGUAUUGCAAAUAAAAAUGACAAACAUCAA